UAUCUAUACCAUAAUAUUGUGAAAUCCAAGAUCAGGCAGGUAUAACCCCAGAGACCAUAAAUAUAUUUAUCAUAGUUGUGUCACCAAAGUUGAAGUCUAGCUGCAGGGCAUCGGCAAGCUGUGUAAGAUGCCCCUCGGCUGGGACGCCAGAGCUUCAUCUCCCCUGCCAUGGAAAUUACUAGUUCUCGGGCUUACCCUGCUGGAGGCUGGAGUGUACAGUUUUUCUUUGUAUGCAUGGCCUUCCCUUGUCUACAUCUUCAAGCAUGAACACUUUUUUGAAAGUGCUUGUCAAGCAGGCCAUAACGGUACGGAACACCACCGGGUCCAGUUUGGUGUUCUUGAUUACGACAAGAACAUCAAUUCAACCAGUGAUGACGAUUGUGAGGAACAGGAUCAGAAAUUGAAUUUAGUCUAUUCCAUUGCCAUCACCCUUCAGGUUGUCUUACCAGUUCUGGGAUACUUGUAUGAUCACUGUGGAAUGCUAUUUAUUAGGAGCCUUUGUAUUUUUUUUGCAUGUGGUGGAUGUUCUUUGAUGGCCGUCGCCUCUUCAGGAGGCCUAGAAUGGCUGUUGCUUCCUGGAGCCACCCUUCAGUUACUAGGAGGAAGUAUGCUGUCCAUCACUGGUGUCCAGAUGACAUCUUUGUUCCCAGGAAAACAGUCCACCCUGGCAUCACUUCUGUCCGGGGCCUGUGACAUGAGCAUGGUCAGUCCACUGUUUAUUAAGCUUGCCUAUGAUGCAGGAUUUCCUUUUCAACAAUCAAUGCUGGUCUUUGCUGCUUUGACCUUUUGUAUUGCCACUACCGUCACGCUCACACUCCCACACCGGAGAGACAAAGAUGGUAACAUUGUACACAACAACAAGUGCAGUCAUGCCAUGUGUGGAGCUCUUCGAAUUGAUAAAGAAAAGAAGGACCGUUCUCCCAGUCAUGAGAUGCAAAAGGGUACCAUCUCGUUGCAAUUUCCUGUGGAACCCACUGAAACCCUGCCUCUGAGUCCUAAUGUUGUUGAAGGCCCUGGAGAGGGAGACACCAGUCAAGAUAGGAGCAAUGCUAAGUUCAGAGAAAAUGGUUGUCAAAAUGGUUCUGUUGAUCAGGGUCAGGUGUUAGGUAAAGUCAGUUUGACUGAAAAUGAAACCACUGAUCUGUCUGUACAAACUGCACAUAUUCCUGUUUCCCAGGAUAACAAAUUUUCCAAGGAAAACGAAUCUCCAGUGAGAGAAAAAAGCGGCAAUAUGGAUGCAGACAAUGUACCAAAUGAACAUAUUUUAACAGAAAAAGAUACAAGUGUGCCCCCAUCUCAGCCGUUAUUAGCCAAAGACUCCCAACGUGAUAAGAGCCUGUUGGAAGAAAAAGCAAAGUCCAUUUCCUCAUUUAAUGCAUCAGUGUUGACUCUUACAGAUCCAGAAGAUGCUAAAACAUUUAAGGCAAUUCUCAGGAUGCCUUUAUUUUGGGUGACACAGUUUUGGCUAGUUUGUGCAACAAUUAUUACAGCAGUUUAUUUUGGGAUAUUUAAUGAUUUGAUUACUUAUCUUGCACAUGAGGACCACAAAACAAUCAGUCAGUACACCAACGUCUUCGGCUGGCUGCAGCUGUCAGGGAUGCCACUAUCUAUGCUGGCUGGCUACCUUGCUGACAGACAGCACAGUGGAGGGGCAGUGGAAGCUGAAUUGAGGACUUUCAUUUUGUCCUUCAUGGUGCCAUUCAUUGCUGCCCUCCUUGUCUCUGUGUCGUGUGCCAUACCGGUGCUACAAGUCCAAUAUGGUGCUGCUGCUCUGCAUUGUGUUCUCAAGUCUUUUACGUAUGGCACUCAUUUUGCCUUUGUGUCCUUUGCGUUCCCUUCUGAGCAUUUUGGCAAGGCCUACAGUUGGCAAUUGUCUUUCUCAACACUUUUCCUAAGUUUACAAUAUCCUCUGUUCUACUGGUACAAAGCAGAGUUGAAGAGCGAGCCACUCUACCUAAGUCUGGUACUGGUGGCUGUAUCAUUUGGAACUCUAUGUCUUCCUGGAUACCUGAUACUGAAGGAGAGACAGAUACAGAGGGAAAAACGUGUGAAGAAUACAGCAACACUAUAACAAUGAUGUUAAAUGUCACCAGUAAAACACAAAAACUACUUCAAUUUGCGACUGAUGUUAUGAUGAGUUCACUAAGUACGGCGUAUUUAUAAGUGGUCUAACAUAUACACUGUGCACCUUAUCGUACAUGAAAACCAUGCACAAUAAUGCUCCACUGGGGGAUGCAGGAUUUAUUUAAGGGUACAGGUACCAACAGUUAAGUUGGUACUUGUGAACUGUAGAUCAGUGAGGAAUAAGGGUUCUAUCAUACUGACUUGGUGAAGGAUGAGAAUAUUGAUUUAGUCUCCUUAGUGGAAACCUGGAUAACACCUGAUCUUCAACAUUGUAUGCAAGCCGAUAUUACUCUAACUGGUUACCAGUGUAUUCCUCAGUAAGUUUUCUUAUCUCCUUGAGUACCUAGCACCUCUUCGAGGGAAAUUUAUCGUUGGCGACAUAAAUAUACACUGGGAUGAUCAACAAAUUUCUGAAACCAAGCAGUUUGCUUCGUUAAUUGAUUCAUUUGGACUUACACAGUACAUGUUAGAUCCCACCCAUGUUCGCGGCCGUACACUUGAUAUGGUAUUGGCUAGGGAAAGUGAUUCACUUGUAACAUCAUGUGAGGUAGGGCAUUUACUUUCUCACCAUCAUGUUAUCAACACCAUGCUUAGAUGUGGCAGACCGAACCCCAGUAAGGAGAAAGUCUUGUUCAGAAAAAUCAAGGGCAUUGAUGUGAAUGAAUUACAAUAACAGGUUACAUCACAGCUGGGUGAUUUAAGUUUUGCUAAUUUGGGUCCUGAGGAAUGUGUGCUUCUGUAUGACAGGACAUUAACAACUGCACUUGACAACCAUGCGCCUGUCAAAACUAAAACUUUUGUUAAAAAAGACCUGCAACCUUGGAUGAAUGAUCACAUUCUGGAGGCAAAGAGAGAUAGAAGGAAGGCGGAGGGGAAGUGGUAGGGGAAGGUAGUAAAUUAUUCUGAUAUGAUACAAGAAUGUGAUGGUGAUACCAAGGCUUUAUUUAGAACUGUCAACACUAUUCUGGGAAAAACCAAUUGCUCUAAGUACCCCAAAACAGAUUCACUGAAAGAUCUUGCAAAUAACAUUAGUGUCUAAAGUCGGCAAUGUCAAUGCUGAACUUUCUGAAUUAGGAAAGACUGUGACUACGCCAUCACAUCCACCUUUGUCAGAACUUUUACAAGAUCCGCAGUCACUCAUCACUAUUGAACCAACAACCACUUGUGAAGUAACGAAGAUAGCAAAGAGUUCCAGAAAGACAUCAUGCAUGUUAGACCCAAUCCCAUCAUCAUUAUUGGUUCAGAUUCUUCUGGCUGUAAUAAAUUUCAUUGUGGAAAUUAUCAACAAAUGUUUCACUGUGGGUGUUUUUCCAAAAAAGUUUAAAUAUGCAAUAAUUCACCCACUCCGCAAAAAGGACAACUUUGACACAGAUCUUUUGGUAAACUAUCAUCCUGUUUCCAAUUUGUCGUAGAGAGAAAGUAGAGAGGGUUAUAGCAGUUAGACUAUUUAAGCAUUUAGAAGCAAACAAUCUUGUUGAGGAAAUGCAGUCAACCUACAAAUUCAAUCAUAGCACUGAAUCUGCACUUUUGAGAAUUAAAAAUGAUUUGUUAAACGUCGUUGACAAACAUUCUGCUGUGUUAUUGGUACUAUUAGAUUUAUCUGCUGCCUUUGACACAGUAGACCAUAAUAUUUUAUUGACAUUUCUAGAACAGUGUGUAGGAGUUAGAGAUAAGGCCGGGAGAAUGCAUCAAGUUACUGUUAUAUAAAUGGUGUGUUUUCUGAACUCUCACAGCUUUUAUUUGGUGUUCCUCAGGGGAGCGUUCUUGGCCCUCUAAAAUUUUGUGUUUACACGUUACCUCUUAGAGCAAUGCAUUCUGCGUUAUCAUAAGAUAGGUUAUCAGUUUUAUGCAGAUGAUACCCAGUUGUACACGUCUUGCAACAUCCAUGAUCCAGCAUUGUCUGGGAACACCAUUGUUGACUGCAUAUCAGAUCUCGGAGGUUGGCUCAUUUCAAACAAAUUGAAGAUAAAUGAUGGAAAAACAGAAUUUUUAGUCAUUACCCAACCCCACAAAAACAGCCUUGCUCACAACCUGCAACUUAAAAUUGGAGCUAGUGUGCCAUUAUCCUCCCCCCAUGUAAAAAAAUUAAGAGUAUACUUUGAUUCUACACUUUCAAUAGUCAAACAGAUCUCCAACAUUACGAGGUCUUGUUUAUUCAACAUUUGGAAUAUUGGCAUCAUAAGGAAAUAUCUGAAACAAUCAUCUGCUGCUACUGUGAUACACUCAAUUGGUAACUUUCAGGUUGGACUAUUGCAAUUCUGUAUUAUAUGGAUGUCCAGAUGAUAAGAUCAAAAGAUUACAACUCAUCCAGAAUAUCUCAGCACGGCUUUUAAUGCUACAGCCUAGGAAUUGCCGUGCCACUCCAAUUUUAAAGCAGUUGUACUGGUUACCAGUUACGGCCAGAAUUUUAUUUAAGGUUGUAGUUUUUACACAUGCUACUUUUUAUAACCUCCACCAUAUAUAAUUGAUCUGGUCGAACAUUAUAGUCCUCAAAGAUCCCUGAGGUCUGGUGACAAACUUUUACUGAAAGUUCCCAAAUCAAAGUUAAAAACAUAUGGUGACAUAUCAUUUU